UGCAGCGGUCGCUUUGCAAGCCUCGAGUCAUUGAAUCAACACCUCAAAUCGCCUAAACAUCAGCAGAGCCUCUACCACUGUCCGAAACGCGGCUGUCCCAGGGAGUUUAGCACAUUAGCAGCCGUCACGGAGCAUUUGCAGAGUGGGAGCUGCAAUUUCAUGACCUUCGAGGCUGUCCAGGAGAUUGCGGCGCGAAUCUUUGAUCCUGGACGCAUGAUCGCCUUCUGA